AUGCACUUAAUCUCUUUCCGUCCGAUAUUUCUUCAUCGUUUAAAACAACAAUUAUGGACAAUAAAACCAUGUUGGCGUACAUUAACGGAUACUUGUACUUCACAAGAACCAUUUAAAAUAGAAGAAGAAGAUUCUAUUCCAUCAAUAUCAGUUAUAAAUGAUUCAUUAAUGCAUUCAAUUCAAUCAUGUUCAUCUUUAUCAACAUUAUUUCCACUUGUUCGUGCUAAUUUACCACAACAUCGUGCUCAUCACAUAGCAGCAGCUUUACUUCGAGCAUGUAAUAUUGUUCGUUCAUGUGCUUAUUUUCAUCCAAUAAAUAUGGAAAUCUAUCGUAAAAAUUUAUUAGAUCAUCCAAUGUUUAAUUUAUUAUGUCAUUUAUGUGAACAUCGUUUACUUGAAUUAAAUUUUGAAGAUCAUGUUAAUAUAAUGUCAUCAUUAGUUAAAUUAGAUAUACGUAUGUCAUCAAGUGAAAGUCCAUUUCUACGUCAUCUAUUUACUGAAUUAGCACAAACAGAAUAUAUUGAAAAAUUUGAUUUAAAUUUAUUAAAUCGUUUUCUUAUUGCAUUAGUCAAAAAAUCUAAUCGACAUUUACUUCUUCCAUUAUAUAAACCAUUACUUGAGAGAUUUCGUCAAUUAUUAAUUCAAAUUGGUCCUUCACAUACACCAGCAACACUUAAAUGUACAAUUGGUAUUAUGCAUCUAUUAGGCAUGGCUGUACCAAUAACAAAUACACAAUCUGAUGAUACACAAGCACAAAAAAUUGCUCCAAUUGCUGGUCCAGAUACAUUUGUUCGUUUAUUAACAUUAGGUGGAAUGUUUCCGGAACAAAUGAAACGUUGGAUACCACAUGCAUUUUUAAGUUGGACACAAAAUUUACAUCGAAUAUUAUGGUUUGAUCUUUAUCUUAUUCUCUCUUCAGCGAAAAGACAUUUUCGUCGAUUAAAUGAAUUAUUUGAUUUAGCUGUAACACGAUGUAUUACUGAAUUUGAUCAAAAUCAUGUACUUGUUGAUCAUGAUGUACUCUAUAUGACAUGUGCUUUAUAUAGAUAUUCGAAAAUAAAAUUGAAACUUCGAUUAAAUAAACGUUUACAUAAAUGUUUAGAUAAUUUUGAUCCACAUGAAAUAUGUCUUUUAUAUCAACAUGUUAAUCCUGAUACAUGCAAUGAUUGGGAUUUAUUAGCACGUAUACAUCAAAAAUUAAAACAAAUAUCAUUAUCAAGUGAAGAGUAUGAAGGCGAUUUUUGGCCAAUGCUUACUAUAUUAACUGAACAUAUUAAUAAAAAUAUUGAUUACUACACAUCUGAACCAGCUGGAGCAGAUUUUAUAAUGUAUUUACGUGCAGAAAUUGAACGUUCGAAAUCAAGAUCCAAUGAAACAUGGUUUAUACGUGAUCAACAUCUAGCUAUAUUAACAUUCUAUUUAAAAUAUGCUUUAAGUGGUACUGCCAUUCCAAAUAAUCUUAUGAUUAAUGCAGAUGCGAUUAUAUCUCAAGCAGGUUUAAAAGAUACUGGAACACUUCUUGCAGGAUAUUAUAAUGCUGCAUCAUUAUUAUCACCUGAUGCUGCUAAUAUGACAUUUCAACGUCAAAUAGAACAAAUUCAUCGAAUGCUUGUUCGUCAUAAAACGGAACAUUUAUCAAAUAUAUCAAUAUAUCCAUUUAGUCAUUUAGUUAAUUUUUUAAGUCAUAUAACAUCAUCACGUUAUAAUAUUGACACACCAUUAUUAGAACCAUUUUAUGAACGUUUAAAUUCAUUUGAUAAUCAAACAUCAUUAAGUUUACGUGAUGUUAAUAAUUUAUCAUUAUUAUUUUCACAUUCAGCACGUCUUUAUCCAUCAUUACUUGAUUCAAUGUGUUCAACAUUGAUUGAUACACAAUCAACAUCAUUGAAAUUAAUUGCAACAUAUUUUCGUUGCUUAUAUCGAGUUAAUUAUAAACCUGAACAAAUCAAUGAUUUAUGUUCAUUAGCACGUCAUCUUUAUCAAAAUAAAGAUGAAAUACGUUCAAUUGAUAUGCUUUGGAUAGCUACAGCAAAUGCUGGUUUAUUCAAUCAAAUUGAUGAAGAUUUAUUAAAUGAUAUUUUUUCAUUAUCAUUUCUUGAUAGUGUUGAUCAAGUAUCAUUGAAAAAAAAUGUUCUUCAACUUGGUCAACCAUUAUUUCGUUUAAAUCAAAUUGUUUGUAUUGAUCAUCCUCAAUUAAAUAUUCCUUGGUUUAAUGAUCGAUUUGGAUUAGAAGUUGCUUUACCAGAGAUGCGUCGUCAUUGGUUACUUCGACAUACAACAUUUGACCAUAUUGAAUCAAAUUUAGCAACCAUACUUGGUGGAAAAGAAUAUUUACAAACUCAUACACUUUCUCCAUAUUUUCAUGAAAUUGAUUUUGAAUGUAUUCUACGAUUGGAUAAUCAUCAACCUGUUCAAUGUGAUCAAUUUAAUACAAUGAAAAAUAUAACUCGAGAUAAAAAACUUGAAAUUCCAGAAGGAUGUGAACGGGUAGCAAUUCAAUUAACAACACCUAAUCAUUAUUGUCAUAAUACAACACAUUUUGUUGGUUCAGUUGAAGUUUCAUUUCGUCAUUUAAAAAAACUUGGUUAUCGUCUUGUUAUUCUUCCAUACUAUGAAUUAUCAGUAAUUGAAUCGUCGGCAGCUCGUUUUCGUUAUUUGAAUAACAAGCUGUUUAAAAAUAAUCAAUAG